AUGGCAGAUGAUCAAUUCAAGUGCUUCAUUUUUGUGAGCGCCCUGCAGUCACCUCGUGAUGCUAAAACCAGAACUCGUCUGCUUGUCAAGAUUGAACAGGACCCAAACUCCACUCAACAGCUCAGAAAUCUUAAGCAUGAUUCUGCGAUCGUGGAGCAACCCAGUUCCUCAUUUGCCAUCAACACCGUUCAUGCUGUCACUCGCACUAAGGCCACGUCGCCGCGGUAG